CAAUCAAUCGCGACAACAGGGGCUGUUGCCGGACUGCCUCGUUCCGGGCACUCGCCGACUCGCCGGGCCGCUCUCGUCCCCGUCCGUCCUGUCGACCCGCUGUUCUCCCGCCCUCUGUCCUCGUCCGUGCUUGGUCUGGUUCGCUAACGAGUCUCACCACCACCACCACCGACAUCGCCGACAUCGCCGCCAACACGCCGACAUGCCGAUCGAAAUCAGACCAGCCGAGCUCGAGGACGUCGACGCCAUUGUCGCCGUCGUAAACGAUGCGUAUCAGGACGCACACUACUUCAAGAAUCCCGAUGCCUUUGACCGCACCAACGCCGCCGAAGUCCGCGACUUUCUCAGCAGCGAGAUCAGCCAGGAUCCGGCGGAGCGGCGCCGAACCUUCUAUUGCGUCUGGGACGACAGCGAGCUCGCUGCCUGUGUCCAAUUCGAUGGGGACUACAGCGACCAAGAGACUUACUUUGGCAUGCUCUCGGUCAAGUCAUCCCACCAAGGUCGGGGGCACGCCAAGCGAUUGCUCCACAAGAUCGAAUGCAGAACAGCCGAACUCGGCAAGACGACGCUGACCUGCGCCGUGGUCUCGAUCCAGGGCCAUCUGAUGAGAAUGUAUUCUUCCAAAGGCUUCAAGAUCAUCGACUGCUCAGAGUGGCCCGUGGACUCCAAGCCCUUUGUCGUGCGCUCGGACUAUUUCGAGCUCGUCAAGUUUGUGAACAUGAAGAAGGCGAUCGCUGCUUGAUGCCUGCUUGAUGCAGCGGAAGCAAGGCAAAGCAUCCACAUCUAAAUCAUUGCGGACAUCUACAUCGGCAUCGGCAUCUGCCUCGACACAAUCAUUAGCAUCAGACUAGUCGACAACGCAGCCUCCCUGGAAUUACGAACCAACCCUCGAGUAUCCCUUGGCCGCCACGGCCAAGCCGUAUUGCAGCGCUCCCAAAACAAAACGAGACACCCUGUUUCGAGCCAGGCUAAGUUAUUUUCUGGUCCUGAAUACACACCCAUUUACCAUUCACCAUUGUGUAACAGUGUGCCCACAGUGUCUGUUGGCUAAUCGAC